AUGAAAAAAGGAGAGUCUAUCAAGAUCAGGCUUCAUAUUAAGAAGUCAGUCAGACAGCAGAGGAUUCACAACUUGGCCAACAAAAAGCACACCACCACUGGUCUCCUCCCUUAUUACAAAGAGGAAAGGAUG